CAGCGGGGUCCUGAGGGGCGACGGCUAGUGCUGACGUUUCCCUGGUCGGCGGCGGCCGCUGAUCCUCGCGAUCCAGCGGAGUCUCGCUGGGCGGCCUCGCCCCGGCGGGCUGGGCUGGGCACGGCUCCGCCGCGGGCCCCGCGCCGCGCUCCCGGUGAGUGCUCGUGCUGCCGCCGUAGCCGCUCCGUAAGCGGGACCGCCACCCGCCGCCGUUUUUCGUGACGCGGAGAGUCCCUGGCCCAGUCCCGCGGGGAAGGAGGAGGCACCAGUGCCUGCCGACCCCGGGGAGCGGCAGCGGUCUGUCCUGCGGCAGCCCGGGCCGGGCGGGGCCCUCAGUCCGCCGGAGCUGUGCGGGAGCGAUUCUGGGCCUCCGGACCCGGCCUCUGCCGCCCACAGCACCGGGACGGGACUCGCCCAGCCGGUGUCCGCCCACUGUCUGGGGCCAGCCCAGGGCAAAGGCAGCGGCCGGGCACAUACACCGGGCUCUGCCUUCAUCCCUUUUCCCGAGAAAACGAGGGCAUUGGGCCGUAAGCGAGACAGCCGCUCCCGGCUGCUGCCUUGGGGGCGCCUUCCCGUCGUCAGCUGGAUCCUUCUGAGUCGUACUUGAAGCCACCAAAAUGGUUCUGGCAGAUCUUGGAAGAAAAAUAACUUCAGCAUUGCGCUCACUGAGCAAUGCCACAAUCAUCAAUGAAGAGGUUUUAAAUGCUAUGUUAAAAGAAGUAUGUACAGCAUUACUGGAAGCUGAUGUUAAUAUCAAACUUGUGAAGCAACUUAGAGAAAAUGUCAAGUCUGCAAUUGAUCUUGAAGAAAUGGCAUCUGGCCUUAACAAAAGAAAAAUGAUCCAGCAUGCAGUCUUUAAAGAGCUUGUUAAGCUUGUAGAUCCUGGAGUCAAGGCAUGGACACCUACCAAAGGAAAACAGAACAUUAUAAUGUUUGUUGGUUUGCAAGGAAGUGGUAAAACAACAACUUGUUCAAAGUUAGCAUACUUCUAUCAGAGGAAAGGCUGGAAGACAUGUCUAAUAUGUGCAGACACAUACAGAGCAGGUGCUUUUGACCAGUUAAAGCAGAAUGCCACAAAAGCAAGAAUUCCCUUUUAUGGGAGUUAUACAGAAAUGGAUCCUGUAAUAAUUGCCUCAGAAGGUGUUGAGAAAUUUAAGAAUGAAAACUUUGAAAUCAUCAUUGUUGACACAAGUGGACGUCACAAACAAGAAGACUCUUUGUUUGAAGAAAUGUUACAAGUUGCUAAUGCCAUACAACCAGAUAACAUUGUUUAUGUGAUGGAUGCUUCCAUUGGCCAAGCUUGUGAAGCUCAAGCUAAAGCUUUCAAAGACAAAGUAGAUGUAGCUUCUGUUAUUGUCACUAAGCUGGAUGGACAUGCCAAAGGAGGUGGAGCCCUUAGUGCAGUUGCUGCCACAAAGAGUCCUAUUAUUUUUAUUGGAACUGGCGAGCACAUAGAUGACUUUGAACCCUUUAAAACACAGCCUUUCAUCAGCAAGCUGCUUGGUAUGGGUGAUAUUGAAGGAUUGAUAGAUAAAGUAAAUGAGUUAAAGUUGGAUGAUAAUGAAGCACUCAUAGAAAAGCUAAAACAUGGUCAAUUUACAUUAAGAGAUAUGUAUGAACAAUUCCAAAACAUCAUGAAAAUGGGACCAUUCAGUCAGAUCUUGGGCAUGAUCCCUGGUUUUGGAACUGACUUCAUGAGUAAAGGCAAUGAACAGGAAUCAAUGGCAAGGCUAAAGAAACUCAUGACUAUAAUGGACAGUAUGAAUGAUCAAGAACUUGACAGUACAGAUGGUGCCAAAGUUUUCAGUAAGCAGCCAGGAAGAAUCCAAAGAGUAGCAAGAGGCUCUGGUGUUUCUACCCGAGAUGUUCAGGAGCUUUUGACCCAAUACACUAAGUUUGCACAGAUGGUGAAAAAGAUGGGAGGCAUCAAAGGGCUUUUCAAAGGUGGUGAUAUGUCCAAGAACGUAAACCCAUCUCAGCUGGCCAAACUGAAUCAGCAGAUGGCAAAGAUGAUGGAUCCAAGAGUUCUUCAUCAUAUGGGUGGCAUGGCCGGUUUGCAGUCAAUGAUGAGACAAUUUCAACAAGGUGCUGCUGGGAAUAUGAAAGGCAUGAUGGGAUUCAAUAAUAUGUAAAGAAGCCUUAAUACAAAUGGACUUGGUUGACUCCUCGUUGCAACUUCAGUGAAUGAAUUAGCUUUCUUCCUUUUUACAGUGAUGAGAGAGUGGUCUUUUGAAAUCUUACCCAGGCUUCUCAGUUUCUACAUCUAAUUUCUGAAAACUAUUUUUGCUUAAAUUAGUUCCUCUCCACUAACAACUGAUGGCACAAAGAGCAAUUCAAUUUAAUAAAACAAAAUCAUGAUGUAAAAUUUUAAUAUUUAGAGACACUUUUUAAUCGUUUACAUCAAAUGGCAGCCAUUAUAUUUGUAAACAACCCUGAUCUUUGGUUAUAGUAACAUAAAAUGUCACAAAUAUACUG